AACAAACAGAGAAUCCAUACCGCCCGCAUUGGCAUCAUCAAGCCCACCUACAAACCUCGCGCAUCGAGCUUCUGGAGUCUCGCCAGACAACUUGUCCUCUCCACAACAAGGCGCGCCUCACAAACAACUAAUCUCUUCUUACAUUUAAACCAAAACGGACCUCUAGAACCCCGACCGCUGCGACAGCGGCCACACCCGUUCCGUCACCAUGUUCAGAAACAACUACGACAACGAUUCGGUCACUUUCUCUCCACAAGGUCGAAUCUUCCAGGUCGAAUACACAGCAGAGGCGGUCAAGCAAGGUUCAGUAGUCGUCGGACUGGCAAGCAAGACACAUGCGAUUCUAGUAGCCAUCAAGCGAAAUGCCGAAGAGCUCUCCUCAUACCAGAAGAAACUGUUCCCGCUCGACGAGCACGUCGGUAUCGCCAUCGCCGGUCUUGCCUCGGAUGCGCGUGUGCUGUCCAACUUCAUGAAGCAACAGUGUCUGGGUCACCGUCUGACCUACGGCCGCUCCAUGCCUGUCCGCACCCUCGUAGACCUGAUCGGAGAGAAGGCCCAGGUCAACACUCAGCACUAUGGCAAGCGCCCUUACGGUGUUGGCCUGCUCGUUGCUGGCGUCGAUGACCGUGGCCCCCACCUGUUCGACUUCCAGCCGUCCGGCAUGACCGAGGAGAUGUUGGCCUUUGCCAUCGGCGCCCGCUCUCAGAUGGCCAGGACCUACCUCGAGCGUAACCUCGACAAGUUUGCCGACUGCGACCGUGAGGAGCUGCUCAAGCACGGUCUCCGUGCUCUCAAGGAGAGUCUGGUGCAAGACAAGGAGCUGACGAUCGAGAACACGUCUGUGGGCAUCGUCGGGCUGGUCAAGGACGAAAGUGGAAAGUCUCGCGUCGAGCCCUUCAGGCUGUACGACGGCCAGGAGGUCAAGGACUGGAUAGACAGCGUUGCAGACGACAAGGAGGGUGGCGGUGACGAUUCUAGGCCUGCUGCGCCAGCGGCAGCCUCUGCCGCGGAAAGCAUGGACGUUGACGAGUGAAAGGAGGAAGUCUAGGUUUGCCUAAUGAAUACUAAAUCCAAACAAAACAAGAAAGAGACAGGUGCCGCACAAAGAGGACUAAAAGGUGCAGAGUAGACCUUGAAGUCGACUACUGGGUAGCAUAGCAAUCCCCAGUACGUACUCUCCCUGACACUGACCCCGUCAUGCGGGGCCGAAAUUUACCAGUGUACAACUACAAUCAUGACAUCUUUAGACAAAGGAAAGGAAAUGGAGCGCCAAUGAUAAAAAGAUGAAAA